CUAAUGUAAGAGUUCUACAUUAUUUAUAGUGGAAUCCAGAUACAAAAUGAUAGGAACUUGCGCUGUGACUAAUACAAGUCUGCCUUUCCUCUUGUCACAACGUCGUUGACAGUGGUAACACCUACAGCUUGUAAGAUGACACCAGCAGCUUUCACAAGGCACACAGGGGUGUUUCAUUGAGAAGUGGAGGUAGCCUACAUUCUUAUCGUACAUUUUCCAUUUAGCGGACCUGAGAAGAUAACCUGUAAGUGAUGUUUGGUGCUGCUGUGCCGACACACACAGUCUCUUUGUUGAUUUUUACUGGGGGAAUUUUUUGAACAGUUUUACUUACUCAUUGACUCUGCAAAAGAGGAGGGAACCAUGAACAGUCCGGUAGAAACAGAGGACGACCAAUACAGUCCAAUACAUCUCACUGGGCUCGGAAUAUGUUGCCCCCUCAGUCCCAAACAGCACCACGAUGGGCCUGGUCUAGAGAACCCACAGCAGUACACUAAAUGGCUCCCCAGCCGCCACGAGGCCAGCCUGCUGCCCAUGAGAGAGGACCUGGCUCUCUGGCUCAACACAUUUCUAGACUCUGGGGUCACAGCUGACAGCCUGAUGGACAGGCUGGAUAAUGGGGUUCUGCUGUGCCAGCUGGCCGAGGAGCUACAGGAGAGGAUGAUCCAAUGCAGCAAUGGCAAGCCCUUCGUCCGCAGGGGGAUUAAUUGGCGAGCUGAUGCUACUUCUGGCUCUUUCUUUGCCCGGGACAACGCUGCCAACUUCCUCUACUGGUGUCGGAAGAUUGGUGUGGAUGAGACUUACCUGUUUGAGUCUGAAGGUUUGGUGCUCCACAAACAGCCUCGGGAGGUGUGUCUCUGUCUUAUGGAGCUGGGAAGGAUUGCAGCCAGGUAUGGUGUGGAGCCCCCAGGGUUGGUGAAGCUGGAGAGAGAGAUAGAGAGGGAGGAGGGAGGGUCUCUCACCCCAUCGUCACCUCUGGCCUUCCCCUCACCCAUAACUCUUCCCUUAAUCUUACCGUUGAUCCAUGCUCCUACACCCCCUGCUUCUGUAACCCCACCUCCCAGUCCAAGCCCACCCCCUUCCCCAGCCCCAAUAGACCCUACACCUGCAACUUCCAUCUCAUCCUCGUCAACCACCACUAGCACAACUUCCACUCAAACCUCAUCUGUUAUCACUGUCACAACCUCCACUCAGACCCCUCCCACAACACCAACCACAGAUCCUAUCUCAGCCCUGAGCCUUACAGAGACCCCUGUCUCCCCAUCUCCACAUCCUCCACCACUGUCACCUCCAUCCCAACCCUCACCCUCCCCCUCACCUAAGUCCAAGGCGCGUCGUCCAAGCAAAUCAUCUGCUAAGAAGACUCCAAGCACAUGCGACUUGUUGGAUGACAUUGUGAGAAACAUUAUCGAGGACUCGCCAUGCAGCUGCCCCACUAAGUUCCCUGUGGAGAAGCAUCCUAAAGGAUGCUACCGUGUCGGGGAGAAGAUCCUCUACGUACGAAUGCUGAAUGAGUUUCAUGUGAUGGUGCGCAUUGGGGGAGGCUGGGAGACCUUGGAAUGUUACCUGCUGAAGCAUGACCCAUGCCGGAGUCCACCGGUCACCCCGGUCAGGACCUGUUGGACCAAAGGCAAGUCCCCCAACAUGAAGGACCUCUUACCACUGUCACCAGACAGUUACAUGGUGGUGGGGGCACACUCCCGUGCCAAGAAAUAAAACAUGAAUCUGUUCAACCAUAACAGAUAACUGACACCACAACCUAGCAAUGAAGCUUCCUGGUUAUGCUGAGCAUAUGAUGUUUUUUUUCUGGGGAUUUAUUUGAAUGAAAGCUAUUGCCUAGUGACCAGAGUGUGUGUGUGUGUGUGUGUGUGUGUGUGUGUGUGUGUGUGUGUGUGUGUGUGUGUGUGUGUGUGUGUGUGUGUGUGUGUGUGUGUGUGUGUGUGUGUGUGUGUGUGUGUGUGUGUGUGUGUGUGUGUGUGUGUGUGUGUAGAUUUAUCUUUGGUGAAAUUGGGUUUAGUGGCUCACAUAUAUGUAGAAAGGUAUAUUUUAUCAUCUAAAGGAAUUCAACAAAAUACCUGGUAUGGUGUUAUUUUGGGGCAGCCUAGUGGUUAGAGUGUUCGGACAGUAACCGAAAAGUUGCUAGAUCGAAUCCCUGAGCUGACAAGCUAAAAAUCUGUCGUUCUGCCUGAACAAGGCAGUUAUUAAUAACCCACUGUUCCUAGGCCGUCAUUGUAAAUAAGAAUUUGUUCUUAACUGACUUGCCUAGUUUAAUAAAAAAAAUAAAAAAAUGUAAGAUUAGUUUGAAAAAGUGAUCUUACCUGUAAAAAUCGAUCCUGUAGUCUUUAAAAGAGUUGAUUCAGAAUGGCUAGUAUAGCUGAGAGGUAAUGGCAUUUAGAAUUGUAUUUUACUACAUUGGAUGAGGGCUCAUCUGAAGACUGUCCAGUCAUUUCUCUAUAAGAAUUGGUUUAUUGUAUUAUAAAAAAAAAAAAUUUAGAACCUUGAGAGAAGACAAUAUAUCAGUUAUGAAAUGUUUAUUUUUCAUUAUUUUAUGUAUAUUUUGGAAUGUACUCUGAUUGAAUAUCUUGUAAUGACAUCACAUGGGCAUGAAAAAGGGCAAAAAUGUGAACUAUCAAUUUAUCUGUAGUCAGAUGUUCGAUGGUUAGCUAUUACCUUGCAGCCUUGACUCUUUCUCAGUUGCUGGAAUUAACACGACUGAGGACACAGACAGAAAAUACACAACUCUCCUCUAGGUGGCACUGUGUCAUAAGCAAUAGAUAGUACAAGUAACACUUAGCCCAGGGUUUCUUAGCCUCUAUGGCUGAAUUUAGACAUGCAACACAAUUAUAAUAUUUUUUUUGACCAAUCAAAUCAGCCUUAAGAUGAUCUAAUUUGAAAAGACCUGUGAUUGGUCAAAAGACCUAUUGGUGGAAAAGAAGAUCAGAAUUGGGCUGCCUGUCUAAAUGCAGCCUAAUAUUAUUACAGGGAAUUCAUCCACUGAGGUCCACUUAAAGUAAGUCUAGCAUUUGGACUAAAUCAGUGUCAGCUCACUAACUGACAGAUGUCGGCAACAUCCAUGUGAUUGUUUUUAAAACCUCAUCAAUGCUGUAUUAAGUUUGGAGAAUGAAUAUGUGCUACAUACUGAUGAAAGACAAACUGAGAUGAUGGUUGUUUUUUUUAAUUGUCAAAUCAUGGCAUUCGUGUAAUUCCUCUUAAAUAAUGUGCCACAUGUCACACCAAAACUUUACUGCAGUGGUUGCAAGAACCAUAAUAGCCUAUUUGAUUAUACUCUCUAUGAGUGUGAAAUAGUGUACAUGUAAGCCCAGAUGGGCAGUACACAGGAAGAGGUUUACCUAAGCUCAGUGUUUUUCUGUUGUGGCAUAAGAUGACAUAGACAUCUAAAAUACAUGAAAUAUACAGACACAGUUGACUUAUUAAUUACAUUUUAUUUCAGUAAAAUAAAUUAGGUUAAAAAAUGGACACAAGUUUGAAUACAUUAAAAGAAAUGAACCAUAAUGAUCUCAUGCGAGACUAUAAUGUCUUUUAAUCGUCUUUCUCCAUCCUCGUGGAUUGAACCAGUAUAAAUGACGUGUAGAAAAUCAUAGCAGUGCUACUUAAAGAGGUGCCACUUGAAAUUGUGGCAUUUGUACACAGUGUCCCACAUUGCUCACACUGAACACUUUCCAGUUCCUCAUGAAACACUAGAAGUCCCACUAAGAGAACUACUUUGCUGUCACUUUUGCAUACAAGUUGUAUAUUGUGCUUACCCCUUCUCUCAUUCUUUUUUACGUGGCCAUUUGACCACUUUUUCAGAAAUCUUGCUCUGCUACCCAGAUUUUUCUCUAUCAACCGGAUUAGCAACAAAACCUUUAUCAUUAUUCAAAGAACACAAUUGCAAUAAAUGUAUUGUUUAUUGUAGCAAUUAUCCAUGCAUUCAAUACCAUUGGCCAAUUUAGAGAUCUAAGGGACAAAACCUGUAUGUGUGUGUUGAUAUAAACUGGAGGAGAAGACUGUGGAUGAGCUCAGAAUGGCAGCAGAACACCACCAAUAUCCACAACUCUUUUACAAGUCUGAGGUGGUGCUACAUGUAGUAACAAUGUUGGGAUGUUUCACUUUGUAGUCACUUUGAGGCAAUGUUUUUUAUCUACAGUCAAACACUAAUUCACUGGAAAGGUUAUAGAGCUCAUCACCUCACCACAUAACACUGCUGGAAAAGUGUCACAAUGAGUGUGCUUUUUUUUAAUGUAGGUAACAAAAUGGUGUUCCUUGAGUACUCUGUACUCACAAAAUACAUAAAUUCCAUCUUACCUGUAAUUCCAUCUUAAUUCAUGUGUAGUGCUAGCCUCCGAAGCCUGUUUGAACCCAGACCUGCCACAAACAACAUGGCCUGAGUUUCAUCCCAGACCCUUUAUGUAAUACACAAGUGUGCUUGUAUCAUUAUUACACCUCUCAAGUCCUGCAAGAACUGGGUACUUACAGAGUACAUUAAUCAAAUGUUACCCAAAUGAGGGCCUUUUGACCUCUCCUGAUCUCUAUGAAUUGCAAAGGGGACUCAGAAAACUGCCUGUUGCCUGGGGAAAAAGUGGCACUGAAAUUAGAAAUCGUGAGCUCCCUCAAUUCAUUCAGCAGGAAAGUGGUCGACUCAAUAGGGAUCCUUAAUACUGAAGUGAUGCAGUUGAUGCUUUAACAGGACAUCAUGUCUUCUGCUUACAAGCUGCCACAUUAUUGGUCUUGUCUCCAAGAGACCUGAGCUGAUUCCUAGUUUCCCCCUACUGAGGAAGCAUACAGAGAACAGCUAUGUGCAAGAGCAGACACCCCUGCAUCAAACGUGAGGAGAGAAGGAUUGGUAGACAGGAAAAAAACAACAUACCAGUGGUGUUACUGAUGUAAACAUGACAUUGAGUAUGACUUUUCACAGCCCUACUGCUCUCUCAAUGUAAAUCUCAACAUUACCCAUUUUCACUUACAGAAGAAUAUUAACAGAAAUGUUGUGUUUAAUAAGACGUGGAUUCAAUGAUAAACUUAAACAGAAGCUUUGGGAAUCUAUGCUGUGCAAAUACCUGCAUUUUGCAGCAAUUCACACAAAACAAAUCACUCAAUGCAUUGAUACUUGCUACAAUGUGUUGUGCUAUGUGAAGGUUUUUGUGACAGAAUACAUUAAAUGCAAGUUCAA